CGAUCCGUAUAUCGGCCACGAAGGCGCCUGACAUUUAUUUUCUUUCGCGCGGUGAUUAAUGCGCCAUGAGCAUUCUGUACCAAGUACUGAAGGAAUUAUUGAAGAAUCCGUUUGCUUCCUAAGCUGGAGCUGUUCAUGUGUUCACUUGUCACGCAUAAGUGACGAACUUAUGAAAUUCUGAAGUUCUAUUCGUCAACCUGUCGUCUGCUCCACGAUGCGCCAUGUCAGUUCGAGCCACGUCUUAACUUCAUGGCAGUGGUUUCGUGUUUAGGUUUACAAUAAGUGUCUUUCAUCUGACGUAUUAUCAUUUCCGAGUAUAGAAUAAAACGAUUAAUUGUUAAAAAUGCCGCUGCGACUGGACAUCAAACGUAAGUUGACGUCGAGAUCAGACAGAGUAAAAAGUGUAGAUCUCCACCCGUCGGAGCCAUGGAUGCUCUGCUCAUUGUACCAGGGUAACGUGAACAUCUGGAAUCAUGAAACCCAAACGCUAGCUAAAACUUUUGAAGUAUGCGACCUGCCAGUGAGGGCAGCAAAGUUUGUUCCACGCAAAAAUUGGGUUGUCACUGGAUCUGAUGAUAUGCAAGUCAGAGUCUUCAACUACAAUACCUUAGAACGUGUUCAUUCAUUUGAAGCACACAGCGAUUACGUCAGAUGCAUCGCUGUCCAUCCUACUCAACCUUUUAUUCUAACUAGCAGCGAUGAUAUGCUGAUAAAAUUAUGGAACUGGGACAAGUCGUGGCUCUGCCAACAAGUUUUUGAAGGUCAUACUCACUACGUGAUGCAAAUUGUUUUUAACCCAAAAGACAACAACACAUUUGCCAGUGCUUCUCUGGAUCGAACCGUAAAAGUCUGGCAACUGGGUUCGUCCACCGCAAAUUUUACCCUUGAAGGUCAUGAGAAGGGAGUUAACUGCGUGGAUUAUUAUCAUGGUGGUGACAAGCCAUAUUUGAUAUCAGGAGCAGAUGAUAAAUAUGUCAAAAUAUGGGAUUACCAAAAUAAAACUUGCGUUCAAACUCUGGAAGGCCACACUCAGAAUAUAUCAGCUGUAUGCUUCCAUCCCGAGUUACCGAUUGUUCUGACAGGUUCAGAGGAUGGGACAGUCAGAAUCUGGCAUGCCGGAACUUACAGACUAGAGUCUUCUCUGAAUUAUGGGUUUGAAAGAGUUUGGACAAUCUCAUGUAUGCGUGGAUCGAACAACGUGGCUUUAGGGUAUGAUGAAGGUAGCGUUAUGGUGAAAGUAGGUAGAGAAGAGCCUGCCGUCUCAAUGGACUCUCUAGGUGGAAAAAUAGUUUGGGCAAGACACAGUGAGGUACAGCAAGUAAAUCUGAAGGCACUCGGAGAGGAUGCGCAAGACGGAGAGCGUCUACCGCUUGCUGUUAAGGACAUGGGUGCCUGCGAAAUUUAUCCACAAACAAUACAGCAUAAUCCUAAUGGAAGAUUUUUAGUCGUGUGUGGGGAUGGGGAAUAUAUCAUCUACACCUCAAUGGCUUUAAGAAAUAAAGCGUUUGGACAAGCUUCUGAAUUCGUGUGGGCUGCUGAUUCUAGUCAGUAUGCUGUCAGAGAAGGAACUAGUACUGUAAAAGUGUUCAAGAAUUUCAAGGAAAGAAAGAGCUUCAAACCUGAUUUUGGAGCAGAUGGUAUCUUUGGUGGAUUUAUGCUUGGAGUAUCUUCUGGCUCUGGGCUUUCCUUCUACGACUGGGAUUCUCUGAAGUUGAUUCGCCGGAUUGACAUCCAGCCAACGCACGUAUAUUGGGCUGAAAAUGCAUCUCUUGUCGCACUGGCUACUGCAGAUCAAUACUUUAUACUCAAAUUCCAUGCUGAUGUAGUUAAUAACUCUCCUGAAAACACCGAAGAUAUCGAAGAUGCUUUUGAGAUGAUUGCUGAAAUGAGUGAGGCCGUGAAAACUGGUCUUUGGGUUGGCGACUGUUUUAUCUAUACUAACAGUGUUAAUCGUAUCAAUUACUUUGUUGGUGGUGAAGUCGUCACCAUUUCACAUCUAGACAGACCGAUGUACCUGCUGGGUUACGUUCCACGUGACAAUAGGCUGUAUCUAUGCGAUAAAGAACUCUCCGUCGUUUUCUAUUCUCUCUUGCUCUCUGUUCUUGAAUAUCAAACCGCAGUUAUGAGAAAAGACUUUGAAACUGCAGACAGAGUCCUGCCAACGGUGCCUAAGGAGCACCGUACCAGAGUCGCACAUUUCUUGGAGAAACAGGGUUUCAAGGAACAAGCAUUAGCAGUCUCCACCGAUCCAGAGCAUAGGUUUGAAUUGGCUUUGGCACUCGGUGAUCUGAGGACAGCCCAUGAAUUGGCAAAGGAAGCAAGUAGCCAGCAAAAAUGGCGGCAGCUUGCAGCACUCGCCACACAAAAGGGACGAUUGAGAUUGGCUCAAGAAUGUCUUCAUCAUGCUCAAGACUUUGGUGGUUUACUUUUACUUGCUACGAGCACCGGUAAUGCUGGAAUGAUCAGAAAACUCGGUGAAGCUGCCGAUGAUUCAGGAAAAAACAAUAUUUCGUUCUUGUCUAACUUCCUAUUGGGAGAUAUCGAUAAAUGUUUGGAUAUCCUGAUAAAAACCGACAGGAUUCCAGAGGCCGCGUUCUUUGCGAGAGCUUAUGCUCCAAGCAAAAUAUCAGCAGUGGUAAAAUUAUGGCGUGAAAAACUUUCUACAGUCAGCGAAAAAGCAGGACAGAGUCUAGCGGAUCCAGAACAGUAUGAAAAUUUAUUUCCGGGGUUCCGGGAAGCUCUCAAGGUCGAACAGUUCCUGAGAGAAGAAGCUAAACACACUAUCCCAGCUGCAGCUUACCCAACGGUCACGUUAAAUGUUGCACGCAAACCACUGGAGGAAAUGCAAGUUGCUGAAGAGGCUGGCAAGUUCGUUUAUAGAGGGGAGCCACUGCCAGGGGCUUCGGACGAAAGUGUACAGCCAGCUGCAGCUGAUUUCUUAGCUGACAGGCUAUUAGAUCUAGAUAUUAGCCAACCAAUUUCAUCCACAGUUGCAUCUCAAGCCACGCCAAAACCUUCAGCUGUUCCGAUCAUACCUUCCGUCAUCUCGCAACCCAUGGCAUCUCAAAAAGCUUCAAAACCAUCAAGCACCACGAGACCACUGACCACAGAAGAUGAAGAUGACAUAGACUUUGACCUCGAGCUUGAUGAAAACAUCGAUACUACCGAUGUAAAUCUGGACGAUGAUUUGCUGGGAGAGGACUAACCCAUCCAAAAUGAGAAUUUUGCGAGCUCCUGCUAAUCUUUAAUCUGUUUUUCAGCUCUGAGGAAAUUCCGAACAACUCUCAUCUCAGUCAUUCCCUUCAAUAAGCAUUUUGAAGUAUUAAUAGAAACGAAUCAAUUACUUGUGGAAUUUUAUUUCACGCCAAAAUAUUGAAUAAUUAUGACCUUAUUGUAUAAGAAGGGUACACAAUUAUAAAUAUUGUAUAAGAUUUAAAUAUAUUAUUGAAAUAA